GUUUCGAGUGAAAUUGUCAGUAAGACGUGACUUUCAAAAUAAUUUAUACGUUACAGAUAAAAUCUAAACGAAAAUAUGAGUGAACUGUUAUCGCGAGAAAAAGAAUUUCUCAAAUUAAAUGAAGAAUUAAAUGUUAAAACUAAAAUUCUUUUAGAGAAGCCUCUUCCGUCCAAAGAAAAUCGUUCUGCUGUCAGCCUUACUUCGCGUCAAUCUAGUGAGAGUACUGUUGCAGAAGCUCCUCCCAAUAAUCGGUUGGGAAAGCCUCCAAUCAAACCGAGAUCAGUAACGAACAAAGCUAACACCGUUCCGCGCAAUAGUCGACAACCCUCCCUAAUACCUUUUACCCCUUUUGUACGGAGUACACCCAAGGUUGGGAAAGGUGAUGGUAGUGCAACAUUCCGCGUCGUAAAGGAAAAUAGCCGAUGCAACAACAAUGAGAAUGACGCUACCUUGGCGGAGAAAGGAAAUGAGAACAGUAUUGAGUCAGGAGUAAACAUACUUCCUGAAGAAUCGUCAAUGAAUGCAUCUUGCAAAGAUUCAAGUCGGAGCAGCAUUACUACGAGCUGUAAGAGGUCUGUGUCCCAAAAUUCGUUUGCUUCAACAACAUCAAAUGCAAGCUUGCCAAAGAAAAAUCUUAGCUCUGAAGGGCUAGUGAAAUUCCUGAAAUCGAAAGUUUCUAUUCUUGAAAACGAACUCGAAUCAAGUUCACAGGAACUUGUCAAGAAAUCAAAAGAAUUAGAGAGAGCAUUGGAACUGCAGAAAAAAAUGGAAACUCAACGAGAUCAAGCCUAUUCGAAAAACAACAGUCUCACAGGACAUGUGAGUAAACUUGAAGCCAGACUUACCGAACUUGAACAAAGACUUAAGGAGCGUGAAGCCGAAUUUAUCGUAACUGGUCGCGAAAUGGAAUCCUUAAAGCGUGAAUUGCGUCUUCUGACACAAACAAACGCCAAUUUAGAAAAGCGUUUGUAUCGUGCCAAUGAAGAACUCGAAAAUGUAAAAAAUACUCUUACAUCAGUUCGCGAAGCGGAUCGCGAAUUACAGGAGACUGUCAGGAAAGAAAAGGACGAUCACAUAAGGCAACUGAAAACGUUGAAAAAGCAGCGAAGCGAGUUAUUGAGUGCCUAUAAAAAACAACUGUUUCUCAUGGAUAAUCUGAAAAGGCAAACGGUAUGCCUGGAGCAAGCCCGCUUGAUUUCUUUUGCCGAAAAGGAAUUUACAAAAGUUCUUGAGUGGAAUUCCAAAAACUAAAGUUAAUUACAAGCACUGAAAAUUAUAAAGUUAUUAUGUUUUAUAUUAAGUUAAAUUAGUUAGAACUGUUCAUUAAGAUUUCAUUUAUUUAUG